UCAGCUCCGUUGCAGCUUUAACUGUCUAGAGGAGGCUUUGUUUGGACUUCAGCUCCACAUUGUCUUUGUUAUUGAAGAGGAGAGGGAAUAUAAGUCUGAAGCAAACUAGAACCAGACUUUAACUUUUUUGACACCAAAAACUUGGCUAACUUCAGUGAUGGCGACCUUUGAUGACCUCCUGGAAGAUGCCGGGACUUUUGGCCGCUGUCAGAAGCGGAUCUUCGCCAUCCUCUGUAUUGUGUCGUUCCCUUUUUCAGGUGUGUACCUGGGCAUCGUCUAUCAAGGCUACACCCCCGAUCACUGGUGCCGGGACGCUGCUGUGGUGGAGAGGAGGCAGGAGUGUGGCUGGAGCUUGGCCCACAGUCGCAGGCUGACGGUUCCUCUGGUCAACAGCUCUGGAGAGCUGCAGCAGAGCAGCUGUGAGCAGUACGAGGUGGACUGGAACUCCACAGGGCUCACCUGUAACACACAGGGACUGAACCUGACGGAUCUGCCUGUUACCUCAUGCAAGGAUGGCUGGGAGUAUCAGUAUGAAGGCAGGAAGUCCUUCGUCACAGAGUUUAACCUGGUGUGCUCAGAUGGCUGGUUGGUGGACAUGUUCCAGUCCACUCUCAAUCUGGGCUUCCUCGUUGGCAGCUUUGCUUUUGGCUACUUUGCCGACAGGUUCGGCAGGAAGAUCAGCUUCCUCAUGUCCAACAUACUGAAUUUUGUAGCAGGGAUUGCUCUGGCUUUGGCUCCAAACUACAUCUCCAUCCUCGUGAUCAGAGCCAUCUUUGGCUUUGGGGUCAAAGGAGGCUGGAUGGCUUCAUACGUGCUGCUUACAGAGAUCGUUGGAGUUGAGUAUAGACGGACAGUGGGCAUUUUAUUUCAGAUGUUCUUCAGUGUCGGUAACCUCAUCCUCCCUCUGCUCGCCUACUUCGUCACUGACUGGCGAUGGCUGCAAGUUGUCAUCUCUGCACCCUACGUCUUCUUCCUGUCCUACUACUGGUUUAUUCCAGAGUCUCCACGGUGGCUCAUUUCACAGAAAAAUACCUCAAAAGCUUUGGAAAUCACUGAAGCUAUUGCAAAGGAGAACAAGAUGAAACUCUCCAAGAACUUUGAGACGUUGACUGAAGAUGAGGAUGACUCCCCGACUGCCUCUUUGCUGGACUUGGUCAGAACUCCCAACAUGAGAAAGCACACUUUCAUCCUCAUGUUCAACUGGUUCACCAGUGCUGUGGUCUAUCAGGGUUUAAUCAUGCGAGUGGGGAUUGCAGGAGGAAACAUCUACAUCGACUUCCUCAUCUCUGGCCUGGUGGAGUUCCCCGCUGCCUUCCUCAUCCUUUUCACCAUUGAGCGGAUCGGCCGACGCCUCCCGUUUGCCACUGCUAACAUCGUAGCCGGAGCCUCCUGCCUCAUCACCGCCUUCAUCCCUGACAGUAUGUACUGGUUUAAGACGGUGGUGGCCUGCAUUGGUCGGCUGGGGAUCACCAUGGCCUUUGAGAUGGUCGUGUUUGUGAACACUGAACUCUACCCAACAUUUGUCAGGAACUUGGGAGUGUCAGUUUGCUCAACACUCUGUGAUGUCGGAGGCAUCGUAGCUCCGUUCCUGCUCUACAGGCUGGCUGUGAUCUGGCUGGAGCUGCCACUGAUCAUCUUUGGAGUUGUGGCGUUCGUCGCUGGAGGUUUGGUGUUUUUGCUGCCUGAAACCAGAGGAGUUCCUCUCCCUGAAACCAUUGAUGAUAUUGAGUUCCCUCACAGGAAAAAUGUGGAUCUAGUGGAGAAGCAGCAAAAGAAGAAACUCCUAAAAUCAGAGCUGACAAACAACAAAGAAACAACAGCUGUGUGACCGUGUCUGAGUGCCUGCAUGUGUGUGAAAUGACAGUACUGUAUAUUGACCUCUUCAAGAACCAUGACGUAGUUUUUAUAUAUUUUACAUAAAGCAUGACUUCAACA